CAUGAACCUCGCCCUGCACCCCAUCCGCAUUGCCAACGCCCGGGAGCUUAAGCGCCACGAACAGGAUGUGCAUGACGAAACUAGCACGCAUCGGCAUCCGGAAAGCGUUCUGUUGGUCAUGAUGCAGCCGCUCACCGGCGGCGGCAGCGGGGAGGCCAUCGUUCGGGCCAUGUUUCCCUCGACUUCUUUAAUCGCUUGAGCGCCCGUUUUGCUGGGAUCUGUCUUAUUCCAUCGUCCUCCGACAUGGCUUUCCUGUCGAAGCUCUUCAACGCCUUCCUCUUGCUCUCCGCCCUGCAGGGCGCGGCGGCGAAGAAGCCAAACAUCCUCUUCAUCUUGACCGACGACCAGGACUGGCACAUGCAGUCUUUGGCCCACAUGCCCUUCCUGCAAAAGUACAUGCUCCAGGAAGGAACGCUGUACGCAAACCACUUCUGCACAGUGGCCCUUUGCUGCCCCUCGAGAGUGAAUUUGUGGACUGGAAGAGCGGCUCAUAACACCAACGUCACCGACGUCUUCCCUCCGUAUGGCGGGUUUCCCAAGGUCGUCCGCGAAGGCAUCAACAACGACUAUCUCCCAGUAUGGAUGCAGAAUGCAGGGUACAACACCUACUAUAGCGGCAAACUCUGGAAUGCGCAUUCGGUGGACAACUACGACUCCCCUUUUGCUGGUGGUUACAAUGGCUCCGACUUUAUCCUGGAUCCGUUCACAUACGAGUACUACAAUGCGUGGAUGUCUCGCAACGGCGCGCCUCCCGUCAGCUACAAAGGCCAAUACUCACCCGACGUUACAGCCGAAAAAGCAUACGGUUUCUUGGAAGAAGCUACCCAGCAUCCGGAACCCUGGUUUCUUACUGUAGCUCCGAUUGCUCCCCACAGCAACAUCAAACUGUAUCCGGCAGAAGAGUAUAAACCUGACAUGACCUUCUACGCCGAAAGACACGCCGACUUGUUCAAAGACUACACUAUUCCCAGAGACUCGAACUUCAACCCGGAGAAGCAAGGUGGCGUUGCCUGGGUGAAGAGGCUUCCUCGUCUAAAUGACACCGUCAUCGCCUACAACGACGAAUUCCAGCGUUCGCGGCUCCGGGCCUUGCAGUCCGUCGACGAGAUGGUAGAGAAACUGAUCAGGACUCUCGAGGCAAAGGACUUGCUAGAUAACACGUACAUCUUCUACACGACAGAUAACGGCUAUCACCUCAGUCAACACCGCAUGCACGCUGGCAAAGAAUGCGGUUUCGAUACCGACAUUCACAUUCCACUCAUCGUUCGUGGGCCAGGCAUCGCCAGAGGUCACCGCAGUAACCUCGUGUCCUCACACACGGAUCUCUCGCCGACCAUCAUGAAGCUUGCUGGCCAGUCUCGCGACGAUUUUGACGGAAUUCCUAUCCCACUCAAGGAGAAAGAAACGCUUGAGGACAGCAUCGAGUCGACAUCCCGCGCCGAACAUAUCAACAUUGAGUAUUGGGGUCAGGCAAUCCCUGAGGGGCAAUUCGGCCAUUACGAUGAUGGCAGUGCUGGCCAGUGGCCGGGUGAAGACUGGGGCGGCUACGUUCACGCUGUGCGUAAUAACACCUACAAGGGGCUCCGACUUAUAGGCGAGGACUACAGCAUCUACUACUCGGUGUGGUGCACUGGAGACCGAGAGUACUAUGACGUCAGGCUCGACCCAGGACAAAUGGAAAACUACUUCGACGAGGACGCCACGAAGCUGAGGGAGAACUACGAGAUUGCCGGGCGCCCGUUCAAGCACAUCGUCAAUCGCCUCGAUGCGCUCAUGAUGGUUCUCAAGUCGUGCAAGGGCACUGCUUGCGUUGAGCCGUGGAGCGUCCUCCACCCAAAGAGCAAGAUCAGGACGCUGAAGGAUGCGCUGUCGCAUCACUACGAUGCUUUCUAUGAGAACCAGCCAAGGGUGUCUUUCGAUUCAUGCCAGCUUGGCUAUAUCCGCGAAGAGGAGGGCCCGCAACAACCGAACAUCUUCCGCGAGGGAGAGCACAGUGAGUUGAGAAGACAGCCGAGCUUCAAGUACCAGGGUCAUUGGUCGUUGUGGACGUAGGCGACAGCUUUUCGCGCAUUAUGGAUCCGAAGGUAUUAGUCUCUGCUGAGAGCCGGUAUCAGCGUGUGCUUUUUGGGCUACCUCAGACUGAGAUAUCCGACUUGGCGCAUGUCCCAAAAGUCAACAAUCCAACCCCUAUUUACGUCUCAAGCGCCUACACCGGAGAAGCACACAAUAGCGACACAGUUCCCAUCUGCAAAAAUUCCGUCUUUUCGAUAACAUAACUCGAACAAGUAUAGUCAGGAUUCGAAAAACAGGUCCGUGAACGCGCUAAUACCCGAUUCAGCUCAUCCGGCGAGCGGAUGAUGAUUUAAACCCGAUCACGUG